AAAUAUGAGACUUUUCCUGCGCACCUGUUUCCUGGUUGCGAUCAGGGGCAGUUCGACCGUUUGAACAAUUUCAGCUCCGUCUUCAACCGCAUUCUUAUCUAUACUACCUUUACUAACAAUCACUACCGGGGGAGAAUGACGUCUGAGAAGCUUCCUUACGGUCACCUCCUCAUGCCGGAGAGAAGCGCCCGUCGGGAGCGCACGGGCGGCCCCCUCGGCUCGCUCGUCGGUGUUCUCGGCGCCGCCGCGGUGUUCGCCUCCGCCGUGGUGCUGGCCGUGAUCGUGCAGAACAUCGGGCAUGAGAUGGGAAACCUCCGGGCUAAGGUGGAGAGGGAUCAAGACGUGAUGGCUAAACUACAAGAAAGGGUGGACACCCUCACGAAAAAGGCCGAGAAAAGCGACGGAGAGAUAACCAAGCUCCAAGCCCUGGCACAGAGAGAUCACGACGACAUGACCAGAUUCCAAGCUCGGGCCGAGAGAGACCAGGAGGAGGUUCUGUCCCUGAGGGAGCGGAUUGUGGUGCUGGAAACACAGAUCAGAGGCGGGAGUUUCCCACCAAACUACGCCGAACAACAAGAGCCGCCUGAUAGCCCUGCGGGAGAACAGCCUGGGCACGCUGAGACUGACACAAGGGCACAGAACAACAGCGCCAAGAUGGGAGGACUUGCGCACAAAGUUGACAAACGCUCCAAGAGGGAUGCGUCUUCCAACUCGGUCCAACUCCCACCUGGAUUAGGUUGUUGUCCAAACCAACCGGGACGGGACGGUCGGGACGGACGGGACGGAAAUGCGGGAGCCCCCGGACUGAAGGGCGAGCCUGGACAGAAGGGAGACAUUGGACCACCCGGGGAACCAGCUGCAGACAAGGGAGGUUCCGUGUACAUCCGCUGGGGAAGGACCACCUGUCCGACUGACGCCGGCACGUCACUCCUUUACGGCGGUAUUGCUGCUGGCACAUACUACACUCACAGAGGAGGAGGCUCCAACUACGUCUGCCUACCGAAGGAUCCUGAGUGGGGAGUCUUCACGGACGGAAACCAGGGUACCGCGUACAUGAACGGUGCGGAGUAUCAGCUGCACCUUGGAAACAACCCCUACCAAGGCGCAUCCCUCCAUGACCACGACGUCCCCUGCGCUGUCUGCCACGUGGCGUCUCGCGGCUCCAAGCUGAUGAUCCCCGCCCGUCUCAGCUGUCCUAGCGGCUGGACCAGGGAGUACAAGGGGUACCUCAUGACCGAACGCCACAGCCAUUACCGCUCUGAGUUCGUCUGCAUGGACGGGGAGCCCGAGACCAGGCCAGGCGGAUACAGGAACACGGAAGGUGCGCUGUUCUACCCGGUAGAGGCCAAUUGUUUGUCCUUGCCGUGUCCCAACUACGUUCAGGGCCGUGAGCUGACCUGUGUGGUCUGCACCAAGUAAUGCCCACAUUGUCAAUGUCACACCACGGCUCCAAUAUUCGUAAAGAAGAUAUUGAUGCUUUAAUAAGUCAAGCCAAGUAGUUUGCUGAAUAAAAUGUGAACUGAAGUUUGUGUAUGUCACGGGAGGUGCCCUACCAUGGCACGCUUUUUCAUGCGCUCAAACUCAUGGCGCUCCAUCGCUAGUUGCCUGAGAGUGGUCAAAUUUUGAUGACUGAAUUUUUGACACAUAGAUUUGAACAACAU